AGAGUUCGCCCGGUAGAAAUGUUAUGAUGUAAUCUAACACGAACGCGAACGCUUCGUCAUGGCGGACAGUGAGCAGAAGAAGAAAAUGAAGCUCGUUAUUAAAACGGCGAAAGAUAAACAUACAGUAGAAGUCAAUGAUACGGAUACGGUAAAACAACUCAAAGAAGAAAUCUCAAAACUGGUUAAUUCUCCUAUUGAUCAAUUAUGUUUGAUAUUUGCUGGAAAAAUACUGAAAGAUCAUGAACCUUUAACUACUCAUAGUAUUAAAGAUGGUGUAACUGUUCAUUUGGUAAUUAGAUCUGGAAAUAGAGUAACAAGUCUGCAGCCUCAUUGUCAGGGACACCAGAGUAAUACUACACCUUCUACUACAGCUUUUGGUAUUGGAAAUUUGGGUGGUCUUCCUUCUCUUGCUGGUUUGGGACUAACUGGAGGAAAUAUUGCAGAUUUACAACAAAGAUUGCAGAUGGAGGUUAUGAAUAAUCCAGAUUUGUUGAGACAAAUGAUGGAUAAUCCAUUAGUUCAGUCUAUAAUGUCUAAUCCUGAUUAUAUGCGCCAGCUUAUUACUAGCAACCCUCAAAUGCAACAGCUGAUGGAGAGGAAUCCAGAAAUUAGUCAUGUCUUGAAUAAUCCCGAUUUAUUAAGACAGACAAUGGAAGUUGUAAGAAAUCCUGCUAUGUUGCAAGAAAUGAUGAGAACCCAAGAUAGAGCUCUUAGUAAUUUAGAAAGUAUUCCUGGUGGUUAUAAUGCUUUGAGGAGAAUGUAUACUGAGUUACAGGAACCAAUGCUUAAUGCUGCACAGGAACAGUUUGGAUCAAAUCCUUUUGCCGCACUUGUAAAUAAUGGUGGACCUAAUAAUAGCACUCAACAAGGCACUGAAAAUAGAGAACCCUUACCAAAUCCUUGGACAUCAUCAGGAUCAGGUGGCCAAACAACACCUUCCACUACAAGUUCUUCUAAUACCACACCAAAUACAUUUUCUUCAGGUUUAGGUACCAAUAACAUGUUUAACACACCUGGCUUACAAAGUCUCAUGCAGCAGUUAAUUGAUAAUCCCCAGUUAAUGCAGAGUAUGUUUAAUGCACCUUAUAUGCAAGGAAUGCUUCAAUCAUUAGCUGCAAAUCCAGAGAUGGCUGCUCAGAUAAUUUAUCAAAAUCCGCUUCUUGCUGGAAAUCCUCAGUUACAAGAACAAAUGCGUAAUAUGAUGCCUACAUUCCUUCAACAGGUAUUUGAUUACAGGAAUUUACCUGGUAAUCAACAACAAACCACUGUACCACCUUUUGGAGUAACUUCUAAUACUACUAGUAAUACUACAACUUCCACUAAUAUUAAUACCAGUACUACAACUACAAAUUCAGAUACACGUCCGCUACCAGAUUCUUUAGGACAAGAUUCUUUAAGUCAAUUUAUGGCACGAAUGGUAACAGCAAUGGCAAGAGGAGGAAAUAAUACACAGGUACCACCUGAAGAACGAUAUCGCAGUCAACUUGAACAAUUAACAGCAAUGGGUUUUAUGAACAGAGAAGCCAAUUUACAAGCUUUAAUUGCUACUUUUGGAGAUGUAAAUGCUGCAGUGGAGAGACUUCUUCAAUCACAACAAUAAAUUUAAUUAAUUCAUCAUCAUCAAAUUGGUUUAUUAUACAUCCAUUAGUGAUUAUCAGCAGGUCAACUACACAGGAUUCAAUUAUGCAAAA